AUGGAUAGCCUCAUCGGUCGAUGGAACAUGGAAAAAGGAUUGUGCACGGGGACAGAUGCCAUGCUGAAACUGCAAGGUAUAAACUGGGUCCUCCGGAAAGGUAUCGGCCUAGCGAGUGUCUGUCUCGACAUAUCCAUCUACAAAGACGAGCAACAGCCCGACUCGGACGUGACAGUCGUUGAUGCCCUUACAAUACCGACAGGCGGAAUGGGAACGACAAGAGAGCGCAGGGUAUUGGAUUGGUCGUUGGUUGACCAUAAGGAUUACCUGUUCGGGUCGAACCAGCACCAGACGCACUGGAUUUAUGGGGAGAGAGCUGCGGAAGGACGCGCAUUGCCGGAGUUUGAGCUGCAGACAAAGGUUGCGAAGGACCAAGAAAGGGUGAAGAAGUUUAUGCGCGGGGAGAUAUUGGAGGAUGGGAAGGAGACGGCGUGGGAGUUGGAUGAGCCGGUAGAGGGUAAGCACAUAUGGCUUCAUACGUUUGUGAGGAAUCUGGACUCUGGUUGGACGGCUGAGCAGAUAUGGGGGUUCGAGGUGAUCGAUGGCAAGCGGUAUCAUACUCGGCGCAUUGUGUCUGCUAAUACAAAGGGAGAAUGUGUGCUGGGCAGGCUGGUCUAUAGUUUUCUGGGUAGGGAGUAG